AGGUGGACGUACAGCUGAUUCCCUGGUUGACUGACUUAAAAGAAUUUUUUUGUGCAAGAUUAAGGUACAAAGAAUAGUGAAAACGAUGUUUUCAACUCAGUACUGUCCAUCUGCACCACAAAAAACAACCAUCUUCCAAAUCACAAAGAUUAUGGAAUAUUAGACACUUUAGAAAAAUAGCAAGAAAAUAGAGUUAAGCAAACACCUAGAAAAAUUAGUAUAAUGAUGACAUGCAGGAAAGGCAUGGUAAUAAUACUAUUUUUCCUUAGUGCUGUUUGCUACUACAGUCUAUGGAGAUUCUUGCCGUCUUAUGACUCUCAUUACCACAGCCCUAGGCCAGUUUACAAUCCAAUUAUAACCCCUCACAUUAACCUAUCUUCCGCUGCACCAGGAAGGAAGUCUGAAAAAUAUUUGAGCUGGAAAGGAAGUGUGAUUGACAGUGUAAUGACGCCAAGUGGAAAUAAUGCAUCCCACUGGAGCAAAGUGAUGGCUUCUCGGAGGCAGAGAAUAAAAUACGUCUGCAGUCAGCAUCGUGAUUCUCUAAGAAGAUUCUUGAACCACAACAGACUUCUUUUUGACACCAGAAACCACCUGGCAUACUGUAGAAAUGCCAAGGCAGGCACAACAAGUUGGCUGAGUCUCCUCCUAACAUGGGCAGGAAUGAAUGUGCAAGACAUGGACCCAGAAGAGAUCCAUGCAGCUGCAAAGGAAAUAUUCCCUAGUCUCGGCCCAAAAGAAGCUGCAGCUGAGAUGAAUUUUCCUGCUUUCACUUUCACUGCAGUUAGACAUCCAUUUACAAGAUUAGUGUCUGCAUACAAGGACAAAAUGGCAGAAAAUUACAGAAAGGAUGUGCAAGAAAGCAUUAUCUCAAAAUACCGUGUGAAUAACACCAUACUAUCAAAAAUGCAUACAACAGAUCAAAACAAACUCAAACAAAUAUCUAAGCUUACAGAAUUCUCUUGGGAAAACAUUGUAAGCAUGCAGAAAAAAUACUCCUUUUUCCGAUCACUGAAAAACUCAGAUAGUACAUCUAAAGUUUAUUCAGAUUUGUCUAUUCCAACAUUUCGUGAAUUUGCAUUGUAUGUUAGUGACCAGAUCUUGACCUGUGGCUUCCUAGUAAAUUCAGCAUGUCUUGAAGCAGUUGAUGUCCACUGGCAACCUUUCUUCAAUCGCUGUGCUCCGUGUGACAUUAAAUAUAAAGCUAUUGUAAAAGUUGAAACAUUCUCUGAAGACCAGCAACACAUCCAGCAGUUAAUGGGAAUCCCAGACCCUCCCCAGUCCCCUGAAAACUGCACCAUAAACAAACACACCAGCUCUGGCCCUUCUACCGACAGCCUGACAAAGCUGUAUUUUUCCCAGAUGACUCCCUGGGAAAGAAUGAGGGUUUACCUCGCCUAUUACUAUGAUUUUCAGUUAUUUGGUUAUUCUCCAGAUGACAUCGUAUUGCUAUGAAUGCAAUAUUUUCCUCUAGCAUCAAGGAACUGGCAUUUAGAUGGAAUGCGUGUCAUGAGUACUUUGGAACUUUGUACCUGAAUUUAAAAAAUAAACAGUUCAAAUUACUGGAUUUUGUUUAAUCACAUAAGCUUUCAAUGGAAAAUUACAACCUUCAUUUCCAUUUCAUAUCUUCUUACUCAAGUAACCCUCAUUACAAAAGAAAUUACUAGCUCCAAGUACCUAUCACCAUUAACCCUUAUCAUCCAUUCAAAAAAAAUGAAAAUUGUAGGUGAAUAAGAGUCUGUCAUGGUAUACUUUCAUCAACGUAGUCUGUAUUUCUUGUAAUGCAUUCUUCAUUUUAAAUACAACACCCAGUGC